AAUUGUGUGAAAAAUAAAUAAUAGGCAUCUCGAAUGUUUGUUUAUUAACGUUAUUUUUCAAUAAUUAUUGAGUGUAUUUAUUUAAUGUGUUUUAAAAUUAGUUGGGUUUUAAUUUGUGAUAUUAUAACUGAGACUACUUUAUACUUGUCACUGCACGAAAACAAAAAAAUACUCCAAUUUGUUUGAUCAACAAAUUGUCAAGUAUUAUUUACAAAAAUGAUUGUUGAUAAGCAAAAUUGUUGCUUAACAUUUAUAUUUAUUAUAUUGUGUGGAAUUACUCAGUGUUUUGCUAGAGAUACAUUUGAUUUUUCAAAACCACUUAAUCAUGAUGGCUAUGUUGAUCCACAUUCAGUUUAUUACAACAAGCAUACAAAAACGAUACAAGCUAACGAAGAAUCAGUUGAACCAGAAAAUAAAAAAAUCAAUACUUUAACAGAACGAAAAUGUAGUCAAGUGUUACAUGAUUGUCUUCAUGGAAAAACAAAAGAUGUGCCUGAUGAAAUGUUUUCACGUAGAUUAAUCAAUAUGCUUCUUGGACUUGCUGUUUUUGAGGAAAAUGAUAGUUUUUUUACAAGUAAUAUUGUUAUUGAAUUAACAAAAGAUGAAUUAAAAAAACUCAAAGAUUUUGGUCUUGGAAAAGUAACAAUAAAAGAUAUUGAUUCAAUAGUUACUGAUGUAUUUAAAUCACCAAAUACAAAUGCAUUAACCAGUGCAUUAUUUAUAUUUAAAAGUUUUUUUAUUCCAACUGCAUCUGGUUUUUGGCCAUAUAAAGAAUGGAUUGUUGGAUCUAUUAUUUUUUUGUACAUGACUUGGACAUUGUUGAAAUGCCAAUGGACUUGUUUUAAAAUGAUUUUGUUUAGUAUUUUCAUUAUAUUUGUUGUGAGUUUUACCAUAACUUAUUUACAAAUGUAUGAGGAGGCUAAAAUUAAACUGACAGCGAAACAAUUGCGAUAUACUGAAAUUCCUAUUCAAUGUCAGCCAUAUAAAAUGACAUGGUUUGACAUAAUAACAACAUUAUUUUCAUCUGAUACUCAUUGUCAAAAAUACCAAGAAGCUAUUAUGGAAAAUCCAUUUUUACAAGUAACUCCUGCUCAGGCAUUAUCACGUAUGCUUGCUGUAUUUUCAUUUGAACCUAUAAAAAUAGCUGGAAGUACCGUUAGUGAAUUUGUUAAGAAUAGUAUUGAAAAUAUGCCUAUCUGGACACAAUGGGCUCUUGGACCAAUUUUAACAGUGUUAAUUAUUACUGCAAUUAUUUUAAUAACCAUGUUCAUCUUAUUCAUUUCAAUAGGAGGCUCACUGAGUCUUGGUCUUGGUCCUUUAAAAUUUUUGUCACUUCAAAAGAAAAAAAAUACACCUCAAGAAAAUUCAUCAGUUCGCAGUAAGGAAAAAAGAGAACCUAUAGAAUUGAUAGUCAAAGUUCAAGUCUCGAAUGAUAACUUGAAUCAACAAAUUACAUCUGAAUCUUUAAAAAUAAAAGACUCAUCAGAAACAUCAACAAUCAAAAAUGAAUUGAAUGAAAAAAUUGAGGAAAAAAUAGAAAAUAUAGAUUCAAAAAAACUGGCAGUAGAAAAUAAUGAUUUAAAGUUGCCAUUGCCAGGAACAUCAGAAAAAAAUGAAAUAGAUGAUUAUGAAAUAAUCCAAAAUAUAUCGGGUUUGGAAUAAUUUUUUUCCAACAGGUAUGAUUAACUUUAGAUAUACUCUCGAUCUUUUAGAGAGAGAUAUUUAGUUUAAAUAUUUUAAAAUGAUUGAAAAAUGUAUAGCUGUGAUAGGCCAAAUUAUUACAAUCAAAAACAUUGAUUAAAGUAAUUACUUUUUCAGUGUUUUAUUUGUUUUUCUUUUAAUUUAUUAAUACUGAUAGUUAAUAAUUUUUAAUUAUGUAUAUAAAAAAAAAAUUUAUAGUUGCCAUGCGACAUUAAAAUUAAGUAUUAAUAAUUUUUGAUAACUUUAGGCUAAAAAUAAUAUUAAAUUAUUUUAAUACUCAUUUUAAUGUUUUUAUACAUAUAGAUAUUAAAUUUUCUAUGGAAAUUAAUUUAUACAAUUAAUAACAAUACAAUGAAUAAAAUGAAUGAGUUAUAAAAUAAAAAAA